AUGAAUAGGCUUUGCGAUUUGUUACUGGAGCCUGAUUUUUCUGAAUCAGUCGAAGAUGCCGAAAGUUGGAGUUGUAUUGAAGACGUGGAUUUUUCGUUCAACGAGUUAACAGAAGUUGAUGAAUCUGUGCGUCUCCUUGAGAAUGUGAAAAAAAUUGAUAUGUCGCAUAAUAUUUUGCAAGACAUUGGACACCAUUUGCAACAUCUCACGUGUCUGACUGAAUUAAACCUCUCUCAUAACAAUAUUGAAAACUUAGUUGAUUGGCAUCUAAAACUGGGAAACUUAAAGAAACUAUAUUUGGCUGGAAAUUCUGUCUCUUCAGUGACAGAUAAUAAAAUUUCUUCUCCUGAAGAUGUUUUACCAGUUGGAUCGCUUCCCUGUCUUGAACAUAUUAUAUUGCGUGGUAAUCCAAUUCGACAGGUGGUUGAAUAUCGUACAAAAGUCUUGGAACUCUUUGGCGAUAGAGCGGCGGAGGUUAAUCGUUAUAAUGUGCUUGAAAGAUUUGAAGAAAUCGUUUUGAAUUUUAUGGUUCGUUUGGACAGUCGAAAGCCAGGGUUGCGUGAAAUUGACACUGUUGCAGUCAGAGUGGCUUUACGCAAGGCUCAGAUAGAAAAAGAAAAAAAGGAGCAGUCAAAAAAAGUGGACAUUGAUCGGAAAAUUAGACUAUUAUCUGCUGGCACGCUGGAUACGAUGAGUUCCAGGUCUUUGUAG